UCAUAGCACUGUAAAGUCAAACUCCAAAGGAGCUGAAUUAGUGAAUAGCCCGUCAACGCCCGCGGACCCCCCCCAAUGAUGAAAUCUCCCUCGGUGCAUUGUUCAUCCCUGCAAGCAGGACUUCUCACCUUUCCUCCAAAGCAUUCAGCGACAGACCCGUAUGAAAGCAGCAGAAAUGUAAGACCUGCCAAAUACAUUUGAAUUAUUCAAAGGCUUUGUGCUGGUCUUCUGACAUUGGGGACUAUACUGUGCACACUUUUCUUAUGAGAAGAAUCCAUACAUACAUUUGCUGCAUGCAAGCCAACGCACGAUGUGACUUUGACAACUCCUUCUUGAAGACGAGCCGGAAAACAGUCACACAGCUAUGCCUGGUUUCACCCAGGAAGCCUGGUAAGAUAAGAUACCCCCCCCCCAGGAGCUUUAGACUGGUCUCCGGAUAGACUUUAAUUGCUAUCGGAUUCCAAGUGAAGAUGAAAAUAUCACCGCUUUUCAGCCAGCAAAUUAAAUCUCUUAUUGACCGUUUCUUUCUUUCACCAUUUUUGUUCAGAUGUUUCUCUUCUCUUCCAUCAUACAAAUGAAAACUGCAAUCAUUUCUUCGAGAGAUGUCAUCUGCAAAGCCACGAGAUCAACAUAUGGAUGCCAAAAAAGGAAACGACGGCAGGAAAAGUGAUCGCCAUGGCAAAAGAAACGUAUCCAACCUGAAAGACAACACAGCUGGGAGAAACCGUAGUGCCGAAAAACCGAGGAUGAACCGAGCGUUCCUCUCCAAGACCCGCUUGAAGAAGACCGAGACGGAUACACAAAGCCAGGAAUCUGAGGAGAGUGACCUCAGAAAGUCCCAAGAGGCAACAGAAGAGGAAAGCGAUGUGAAAGGGGAAGAAGACGCCGAGGAGGAGCUUAUUGGGAGUGACACCAGUGAGGAAGAAAGGACCGGCAGCAAUUCAUCUGCUGAGCAGACGAGGCAGGAGCCUGACCAAGAACGUUCAGAGGGAUCGGUAUCUACAAAGGAGUCUCAGGUCCGACCACUAGCGAUCCGAGAAGUGAGUCAAGACGAGGAAACGAACCAGGACCCAUUUGGGAAACCAAAAGUUGAUAAAACCAGGAGACGCGUACCACAACCUCCUGAACACGUCCAAGAGCGGAAAUACAAGAUGUUCGGAAAAAGAAAAGCGGAUAGACGGACACAAAAGGAAAAAGAAAAAAAGCACAUGUUAGAGAAAGAAUCCCCAAAAAGAGAAAAGCAAGAAUCGAGGAAUAAAAAAAAGACGGAAAAACACCAAAAACGUUCCUUUCCUUUGGAGAAAACGGCUGAAGAUGAGCAAGAACAUGAGAUUGAACCAACGCUAACCAAAGCCAUGAAAUGCCACGGCAACAUCACGCUUCUAAAAGACAGACGUCAGGACUUCAAAUGCAUGUUCAAACCCCAAGUAGUCAAAGUGGACGACUCCCACAGUUUGGGCAAUGAGACCAAAGACUCUUUUCUACACAAGAAACUUCUCCAAACUGGUGAAGGAACCUCAAAGGAACCCAUGGCAACACAAGGAAAGUGUGUGGCAGCUCUGUGUAGAGUCUCUUGCUGGUUUCACAAGAAAAGGCCCAGAAGAGACAACUCCAAGAAAAUGUCGUUUUGGUCGAAAGUCAUUGGCGUUUCGCGAUGGCUCUCGUUUCCAUCCAUUAAACGAAAAUGGAGAAGAACAAGGUCCAAAGAAAACCUCCUCACAAAGUGGACAACAAAGAAAGUUGGCAGUGAAGCUAACAAAAGCCAGUCUUCUCCUAAGGACAGAAGAUCAGAAGACGUGCAUGAAGUACCUGAGAAGAAAGAGGUAGAGUCGAGAUAUGCUGUCGUCCUACCGAGGAUGAACAAAACUGAAAAACCAGAUGAACUCCCCGGGACUUCUACGCAAGCAAGCACCUCAGAAGCUACAGGAGAAGUCACAGUCUCUGAGGAAAAAACAUCCAAACCCCCUUCAAAACCAGGUCCUCGGUCUGUGCUCCCCAUCAAAGCAGAUCCCAAACAGGCCUUGCGAGGGCAGCCCCAAUCAGAUGGAAGCAAUGGUCCCGGUCUUGGUGCAUCAUCACAUGACACGGCCACCCUCGGUCAUCACAAUGGAGUCAGUGUGCUCCAGGCAGUCAGAGGGAAGCUGGACCCUUCUCAGAUCAAUCUGACCAAGAUGUCCUUCUCAGGGGGGAAGAUAGGUGCUGCAAAGAACCAAGGAACCAAGGCCAAGGAACCAGAACAGAUUGAAGAUGUCGCGCCCAAGUCGACCACUCUGCCCCUUUCGCACGGUUUACACGGUUCUUCUUCAUAUGAAGAAGAAGCAGACAUGGAGGUGGCUCAGCUGAUGAGAGAAGCUCUUCACUGGGCUGGGAACUCGAACAUGAGUGGUGGCCCAAAGGACUGGUUGAAUGUUGAAGACCUGCUGCCUCACCAAACAGUGGAGAAGCUAACCAAACAUGUGGUUUGUGAGCAUGGGCAACAGGCCGGGAGUCUUGCGGCUCAGACGGACAGGCGCCUCUGGGAAUCAGAUGAUCAUAUCCAGGAAAUGCUGGAGAGUCGACUUGCCAGCACACAGGUAAUGAUGCAGGGCAGCAAAAAGCCGUUGGAGUUGGAUCAAGUAGAGGAUCUGUCCCAGCUACAAGAGGUGUGUGACAGCUCAGUGCUUCUGAACCUAAAGAAGAGGUUUGAUCGGGACUGUGUUUAUACCUACAUCGGAAACAUGCUACUCUCCAUCAACCCCUACAAGCCACUGAAUAUCUACUCGGAGGAACUGAGACAGAAAUACCAGGGCAGAGAGCAACAACGAAACCCCCCGCACGUGUACGCGAUCGCUGACGAUGCCUUCAGACAAUCUCAGGCAUCCACACAGGAGCAGUGCAUUAUCAUAAGUGGUCAAAGCGGAGCAGGAAAAACGGAAGCAACCAAGCUGGUGGUCCAUUACAUUACUACAACGUACCAGGACCCAAGCUUCAACCUGCGUCAGCCGAUGGAGGUUUUCGCCAUUCUGGAGAGUUUUGGGAAUGCUAAAACCAGCUUGAAUAAUAACUCGAGCCGCUUUGGGAAGUAUCUUCACGUUCAUAUUCUCAGUGGUGUUGUUGUGGGGACCUCCUUGUCCAAAUAUCUCCUUGAAAAAUCCAGGGUUGUUUUCCAGGCCAUCGGGGAGAGGAACUACCAUGUUUUCUAUGAGCUUUUGGCAGGUAUGACCGAGUGGAACAAGCAAGACCUGUACCUUCAGGGACCCGAGACUUACUACUACCUCAACCAAGGUGGUGCAUGCGAGUUGAAGGGCAAGCGGGACAGACAAGAUUUCCAGUCGUUAGUUCGAUGCUUUGACAAAAUCGGUCUCAGUGCUGACCAGACCUUCACCAUAUGGGCCAUCCUUUCUUCUAUUCUACAGCUGGGUAACAUCUGCUUCAGUUCACAUGAGAGUGAGUCGUUUGAGGUGGCUCGCAUCUACAGCGAGUCCGAAGCCAGGAGGAUCAGUUCGUUGCUUCAGAUAUCUUAUGAAGCGUUGCAGACCAUCAUAACACACAGAAUCACAGAGACAACCUACGACAGGAUAUACUGCCCCCUAUCGGUGGAGAGUGCCAUAGAAUCCAGAGAUUCCAUCGCCAAAGCCUUGUAUUCUGUGUUAUUUGACUGGCUCUUAGACCAGAUCAAUAACUGGCUGAAUCCCACAGAAAUGGACAGCACCGUGGGCAUCGUGGACAUUUACGGCUUUGAAGACCUUGGUAUCAACAGCUUUGAACAGUUGUGUAUCAAUUUUGCCAAUGAGCACCUGCAGCACUUUGUCAAUCGCACCGUGAUCACUCAAGAGCAGGAUGAGUAUACUGCAGAACAGAUCCGGUGGUACCCAGUGGGACUGAAGGACUUCAAUCCCUGUCUGGAGCUAAUCUCCUCCAGGCCAUACGGGAUCUUCCGCAUACUCGAUGACCAGACCUGCCUCCCUCAAGCCACCGAUCACACCUUCCUCCAGAAGUGCCACUACCACCAUGGAAACAGUCCUUACUAUGCCAAGCCCACAAAGCCUGUGCCAGCAUUUACCAUCUACCACUACGCUGGGACUGUCACCUACCAGGUCCACAAUUUUCUUAAUAAGAACCACGACCAAUUCAAAACAGAAGUGGUGGAACUUUUUGCCAGCAGUCAUUUAAAGAUGGUGUCAGAGCUGUUCGGAAAAGUUAAGACCAAAUACGUGCAACAAAGAGAGUUAGACUGGAGAAGGAAAGGUUUUCACCAGCAGUCCUCAACCGCCGCAUCGCAUUUCCUUCAUUCCCUGACGGAACUCACCAACCGCUUGGAAAGAUGUCGAACCCUUUUCAUCCAUUGUCUCAAGCCAAACUACAGUAAGCUUCCUGGGAUGUUUGAUGUGGAUUAUGUGUCAGCCCAGCUUAAGCAGACUGGGAUGUUGGAGGCCAUCCAUGUUCGGAAAGAGGGUUAUCCUAUACGCCUCUUGUACGGCUACUUCCUUGAGAGGUACGGCGUCUUCUCCACCCAGCCCUCCAGUCAUGUGACAGACCGAGACCAUGCACUGACUCUUUUGGAUUUGCUCGGGGCGGAGGAGGGGCAAUACCAGCUGGGACUGACAAAGGUGUUUCUGAAGGAACUCCUGUACCGCCAGCUGGAGGAGAAGUGGAAUAGCACUCAGACGUGGGCCGCAGUCACCAUCCAGCGGAACAUCAGGGGUUUUCUGUGCAGGAGAAAUUUCAAGUUCUUCAAGCAGAAAGCUAUCAUCAUCCAGAGUCAUAUCCGUGGACAUCAGACCAGGAAGUACUACAAGCGCCUGAAGCAGUCCUUUACUCAGUUCUGGGCUGUGAUGAUGAUAACCAGGAACACCAUAAAGAGACGCCAUUGGAGGAAACAAAUUCCAGACAAAAAGAAAGCCGCCACUUUGAAAACGGCAUCAGCGCUCCUAACCAUGGAUGUGGGGAUGUUGGAGAUCCCAGCUGAGCUGUCAGCAAGGUUUCGCGGUGCAGCAGGGCAUCAACAUGCAUCAACAGUGAGAGAGGUUGCAUCUCCACAAGUGAAGGCGAUGCACCAGCUCAGUCUGCCUCAGGACAUCGACAGACAUCCCUUCUCCAACUAUGUCAAGUCCAUGUUGAAGGAUACGUGGUGCCAACCCCAAGGAACUCCCCUCCAGAGACCCCUCACCCCGCUUGAAUUAGACGAUGCCAGGAUUGCACUGGAGCUCCAUAAACUGAUCAUGCGGUUCACCGGUGAAUCGGACCUCAGCAGCUGGCAGGAGCAGAUGUUGGGAAACUACAUCAUCGAGAAAGGCCAGAUGCGUCCUGCUUUGAGGGAUGAGAUCCUGGCCCAAUUGGCUUACCACACGUGGGACCAACGUGAAGAGCAGAGUAGCCUGCAAGGCUGGCUGCUGCUGGCCUGCUGCCUCAGUGCCUUCACGCCGUCACCCAUACUGGAGAAACCCUUGCUUAAGUAUAUAUCUGACCAGGCACCCAUGGAAUACCGUUCACUGUGCCAACACAAACUGCUCACAUCUAUGCAACGCCCGGCCCCCGCUUCCCGGAUUUAUCCACCCACCCAGCUGGAGUGGACCUCCAACAAAAGGAAAGGCGCCAUGGCUGUGGAUGUUUAUACAUUUAAUGAUGAGAAGUGGACAACUGAAGUGGAGUCCUGGACCACGGGGGAAGAGGUGGCCUCGUGGAUUCUUCAUGCCAGGGGCAUAACAGAGGCUACAGAAGGCUGGUCUGUGUCUCUUCUGGCGGAUGACGGCUGGUCUGAUCUAGCCGGUUCAGACUUGGUCAUGGAUCUGCUGGCGGCCACAGAGGCAGAAGUCAUGCCCCCGCCCGGCACCCCCUCCUCAACCAUGUCUGAUUACUUAUUCAGUGGUCAAGGAGACAGAACACCAGUUACCGAUCUUGAUGACUUCAUUCCACCAGCACCGGCCACGGAAGCUCCGGGCCUGCCCCCUUUUCAGGGGACCCCCUGGGGUAGAGAGUAUCCACAGGAAGGCCGUCGUCGACAGAUGGACGCCUACGUUGAUGACUUGUUUGACCUGGAUCGAGGACACGCGGACACGGAAAGAGUCGCUAUGCUGAACCGCAGAAUGCGAGGCGGAGGCGGCAUUGGACCCAUGCAGCCUGGUUUUUAUAAUCCUGGUAUGUCUACUUUAAUGCCAGGCUAUCCUAUGGGAUUUGGUUUAUCCCAAGGAAUGCCAGUCAGCCCCACCAUCCCAAGUUAUGGUACAACCCCGCUGAUGCCAGCCAUGCACACCAUGCCAGGGAUGAUGAUGCCUCAGCCUGCCGUCCCCUCCAUCAACGAUCCCAUGCAGAUGGCCGCGACGCAGCAAGCAGUCAUCAACCAGCAGGCCCUUCUCAUGGCUCAGCAGAUGACCAUGCAGGCCAUGACUCUAUCCCAGCAGCAGACACGGGAAGAGCAGCGGUUGAGGGAACAGGAGAGGAAGCAGGAACGUCAGCAGAGGUUGAGGGAGACGACACCCACGCCCCUCCCCCAAUCUCCACCUGCAGCCCAGCCUGGUCCACCUGGUCCACCUUUGCCGAAGGCCAAUGACCCUCCAAGAGUCGAUUCACAAAGUGUAGCCAAGCCGACAUCUUUUACCGAUAAGCGGCAAUAUUUCCAGAAUAUUGGUGGAUCUAAAACUCAGGCGCCACAGGGAACCCCCUCUUCCCAACACAGCGUACAAUCAGUACGCCCACCCCCUCCCCCCACAGCACCUAAACCCAAAGUGAAGGCGCUUCCUUCCACUCCUGCCAGCCAACCAGAACGAACCGCCUCAACCCCGCCCCCUAAGGAAGGGUCUGAGCCCACUUCCAACAUUCGGGAAAUCAUCAGACAGUUCAACAGUCGACCCCAACCGGAACCCAAAAACUUUGAGCCUGUCAGAGCUCCUUCCAAGCAGUUUGUGAAGAAGGUGGAUCACAAACAGGAAGCUCUGGCCAAACUCAGACAAAAAGCACCAGUGCCGCAACAAAAGAAGCAGUGGGUGGCCUCCCCAGCAGCGAAAAAGCCGUCUCCUACGAGUACUCCAUCCCCGCAGUCCUCUCCUCCCUCCUCUGAGGGUCGCCGUGUCGUUUCCAGCAACAUGAGACAGAAACAACGCUCGCUUGAAGACCUAUUUGGCUCGCAGCGCUCUCGCCCCAUUCUACCUCCUCCCCCCGACUCCUCACCACCUCCGGCGACCAUCCCUGAACCACCAAGCAUUGCUGCUCCAUUUCUUAGUAUGAUGCCCGAUGACAAGAAUGUCCACUCUCAUCUUCAUCCUUAUUCUCCUGGUGUUUAUUUGUCUUUCGGCACCGUGCCAGGAAAACUCUUCCUACGGAAAGAGGUCUUUUACCCUAAAGAGACGUUCAACCGCCCAUACAUCCUCAAUCUUUUAUGUGAACAGAUCAUGAGGGACACUUACUCUGACGGCUGUGUGAAGAUCAGCAGGGAGGAAAGAAGGAAGAUGAAGGAUCUGCUUGCUCAUUUGAACGUGGGCGCUAUGAGCGACGUCCAGGACGACGGCUUAAAGAAAAGGAUUGUCAUGGCUGCUCGGGACAACUGGGAAAACUACUUUUCACGCUUAUUUCCUGUAGAGUCAGGCGGUGAUGACACUCAGAUUUUGGCUGUGUGCCAUCGUGGCAUUCGGCUCCUGAGAAUGGUUGCGGCAUCAGGCAUCGAUCAAAAACACCUGCGCCUGCUUCGAAGCUACAGUUUUGCAGAGCUGCUGUCGGUUGAACUGUGUGGCACCAACAAAGUCCAACUGGAGUUGAAGAAUGAAAACCUCCAGCUGCACUCUACCAGGGCUCCUCAAAUCAUGGCCACGAUCCAAGUCUUCCUCAAAGAAGUCAUCAAGAACUCCGGCCAUGUGGUUGCCCUGAAGAGCUUCGUGACGGAUGAUAAGAGUCUGCUCAGCUUCAGUAAAGGAGAUGUUAUUAAGCUACUAGCAAUGGAGGAGCUCCAGACAGGUUGGUAUUUUGGUACUUUGGGAGGACGCUCCGGUCUCUUUCCUGCGGACCUCACCCAGCCAUCAGCCCCGUUGGACUACCACAAUCUCAAACUUGAGCGAAGAGAUGAUAGGCGGAAAAGCAUGAGGGGUCCGAGGCCCGCUACUCCUCAACAGGAAGCAACUCUGGUUCCCGCCAGACCAACCACUCCGCCACAAGAAACGACUACGUUUCUCAGCAGACCCGCACAAAAAGAACCAGGUCUAGUUCCCAUCAGCAAGGAAACCAGUGAUUCAGAGGUCUCAUCCCAGAGAUCCUUGCAGACCCCCAUCCAGGGGACGCUUCAAGACUUUCCCAUGUCGGCAAUGGCCGAGUUCGCUAUGAAAAGCUUUAGAGUGAAAAACGAAGGCUUGAAACCGAGUAGGAGGCAAUUUUCAGAGGCAGUUCAAUUCACAGCGGCGCCCAUUCAGGAGUCCCUCAUCCUCUACAACGACCCUGAUGUCAACAAUUUAUCGGUUCAGUGCUUCACGACGGUCAUGCAAUUCAUGGGCGAUGCAGCAAUGAAAAAGCACAGCACUCAAGCAGACUGUCUACGUCAUAUCCUGCUGCUCGGCAAGGAACGAGAGCUGCUGAGAGAUGAAAUCUACUGCCAGGUCAUCAAGCAAACGACCAGCAACUCGAAUAAAUCCAGCUGCAUCCUGGGCUGGCGUUUACUCAACCUCAUUGCUGGCUUCUUCCCCUGUUCAGGAACUCUCCAGCCCUACUUUUCACGCCACUUGCAGGACAUCAACAUGGACCACGAACACCCUUACCAGGAUCUGGCGUCUGUUUGCCAGGACAACCUUCAACGUUCCAUCAGUUUCGGCGGCCGCCGUAACAUCCCCUCGCAAGUUGAGAUGGAGGCCAUCCUGGCAAGUAAAACUUCACAGCUUAUUUCUAUCCAUCUGCCAGGAGGGGUGGAGUUCCCCAUCAAGAUAAGUCAUUUCAGUAUGGCAACUGAUGCGACCAAUCACUUCUGUCAAGAAAUGGAGAUCUCAAACCUCUCAGAUGUGAGAGAAUAUUCCGUCUUUGCCAACCGACAACAAGAUGGAAUGGUUCGCCCUCUUCAUUCCAACGAGUAUUUGAUGGACUUUUUGCUGGAUGAUGGAUGCAUCUUCUUAUCUCUGAGAAGAGUGUUGUGGAGAACCCCUCUUUCUUUCAGCAAUAUUUCCUACGUGAAUUUUCACUAUCAACAGCUCCUGAACGACUACCUGAGCGGGACGCUGCAGCUUAGUCCUGCGGGGACAAAUCAUGUCAGCGGCUCCUCAGCCCAGCAGAUGGCAGAACUGUCAGCUUUGCAGUACCUGUCCCAGGGCCUGAAGAACCAUCCCUCAUUGCAGGAGAUAAAGAAAUACCUUCCUGUUCAUGAGGCACCCAACGCUAACAUGGAUGAGAUGCAUUCUUCCUGUUUGAGCAAAAUAGCAGAAAUGCAGUCCCUCGCCCCUCUCGAUGCCAAAAUACAAUUGAUUGUGUUUCUGAGAGGCCUGCGUCUGUUUGGCUACAACACGUACUUUGCCCAGAAGGUCAGCCAACGUGGUUGUCCUUCACCCUGCCUGGUUAGCGUCGGCCAUGACAGAGUGCUUUUUAGCCAUCCCAAAACGCAGGAGCAACUCUUUCAAGUCCCUCUGCUUAAUGUUCAGUCCAUACGCACUGUGAGACCCAAAAAAGCAGGAAAGCCUCCAUCUGUAGAUAUCACCCACGGCAAUCCCAGUCGGCCUGAGAAAGUAACCAUUUAUCUCACACAGGCCAAGGAGCUGUGUCACAUCCUUGCUAUGAUAAUGGAAGAGAUGAUCCGUCCUUCAGUCAAGAGCAGCAUCAAUAAUCACAAAUAGACACGCGCCAUUUUAAAAGUUUUGUUAAACUGCACUUUGUUUGGAAUUUUCAUCCACAUUGUAUAAAAAGAGGCAGCUAAGAAUGCAUGUAAUGGGACACACCUAUUAUAUUCAUUGAUUCGGGGUACACCCUGGACUGGUGGCCAGCCAAUCACAGGGCACAUAUAGACAAACAACCAUUCACACUCACAUUUUGAUAUAAAUGUUGUAAAACCAGUCAUUGUGAUGCGAAAGUUAUGACCUUCUGAGUCAACAGCAGACCAUUGGACAGUUCGCAGAACCAACGAGGAGCAUGGUCUGAAGAGCUAAAGGAACCAAUUUGGGAUUAGAUUAGCCAUUUGUUAGCUGGUUGGGGUACAAAGCAGUAUUCUAAUCUAUAGUCAAUUGGGCUUUUCAUUAUAUUCAUUUUCUACCGCUUAUCCUCACGAGGGUCGCUGGAGCCUAUCCCAGCUGUCUUCGGGCGAGAGGCGUACACCUUGGACUGGUGACCAGCCAACCACAGGGCACAUAUAGACAAACAACCAUUCACACUCACAUUCACAUUCAUACCUAUUGACAAUUUUGAGGUCUGUGUGCUAACCACUCGACCGCCGUGCAGCCCCACCUUCAUUCAUUCAUUCAUUUUCUACCGCUUAUCCUCACGAGGGUCGCGGGGGUGCUGGAGCCUAUCCCAGCUGUCUUCUGGCGAGAGGCGGGGUACACCCUGGACUGGUGGCCAGCCAAUCACAGGUCACAUAUAGACAAACAACCAUUCACACUCACAUUCAUACCUAUGGACAAUUUGGAGUCGCCAAUUAACCUAGCAUGUUUUUGGAAUGUGGGAGGAAACCGGAGUACCCGGAGAAAACCCACACAUGCACGGGGAGAACAUGCAAACUCCACACAGAGAUGGCCGAGGGUGGGAUUGAACCCCCGUCUCCUGGCUGUGAGGUCUGUGCGCUAACCACUCGACCGCCGUGCAGCAUUAUAUUAUUAUGUAAAAAUGGAUGUCUUGUUGAAUGAGCUGGUGCUGGCCCAGCAACGUGCACUGUGGUCGGACACAUUCUUCCAGCAGCCCCGGCGUGCCGCCACGUUCUCAUGCCACAGUAUCGGAAACAGGGGGGGUUCUACACAUGUGCAGAACAUGUUUACAACACGUCUAUAUCCCAUACUGGCCUGUUUUGGGGCAGUCGUGUGUUAAGUAUACGCAAGUAUGGGGGUGGAAUAAGUGUGUCCCAUGACCUGCAUGAAUGAGCUGCCUUCUUUUUAUCUGUGUUUAUGUCUUUUGACCUCAUGUUCAUGUCUCACAUAAGGAUUAAGUAUGAUGGGAAAAAUCCACCCCCCCAAAAAGUGUAGUUUUCUCUUAACUUGCAAAAAAAUAAAUAUCUUCACAGCAGGAGAAAAACAAAGGAGCGCUUGAUUUGCUCACCUGUACAGUCCUUGUAGAAGGCAAUCCUGCCUCAUUGGGGCGUUUUUUUUAAUUUUUUAUCUACUAUCAGAGCUAUUUUUUAUGUAAUUGGAUUUACUUCGUCAUAUUGGUCGGAUAAUUAUCAUGCACCUAUCAGUUUUCCAACAUGAGGACUUCCUGCUUUUAGAGGAGAGUAAAUCUAUCAUGCUUUCCAAGCUGUACACUACUUCAUCUAUAUCGUACAUUAUCGUCCCUUGAGAAUAUUCCGUAAAAUGUUUGCUGAAAUGUGAGUGAUAUACUCAGUGUGAUACUGUAUUGUGUAAUAAAUAAAAUGAUCUCUAGUGUAGUGGUUCGGUGAUUGAUCACGACUGGAUGGAU